AUGAUGGGUAUUGGAUGUGGAGAUGACGGCCAUGUUUAUGUAGCAGACAUGGAUACAAUUAAAAAAUCAAAUUUAAAUCGACAAUUUCUAUUUCGUUCAUGGGAUAUUGGCGUAAAUUUUCUUUUGUAAUGGAUGGUUCAUAAUAAGCGGGAAAAACUAUUUUCCUUGUGUUACGGCACUUCCAUACGCAUUAGAGACUUCGUUUUCGACUCAUUCGAUAGGACAUUUUCUAUUUUAUAAAAUUGUGGCCUCUGUAUUUUGAUAGCUUUGUGGUCGAGGUAAAAUUUAAAAGAUAAAUACCUACGCGAUCGUCUAAUUGCAAUUUCUGGUUUUUCUGCAAGCGUAUAUCAAUUUUUAGAAUAUUUUGCUUAUCAAGACAGAUGCUAAAAAUUACAGAAUUUGAUGAAAAGCUUUCUCGCAUAUUUGAAAUUUUUGUGAGAUCUUUAUGAAAAAUGUUCUUCGUUUUUUUGUUUGUUGACCGUUGCACUUAGACGUGUGAGUAAGUGUUCAUAUUUUCCGCCGACAAGAAACAACAUUUAAAAGAGAAAGACAAUAGUUUUGUAUUAGAGAAUAUCUUUUAACACAUAAGCA